AUGGGGUCCAAUCACCACAACCCUCCUGCAACCUGCCGCUCGUGGCAAGACGUGAACGAGCAGAUGCGGCAAUGGUACGACUCGGCCGAGUCUGUCGCAUUUGCCUACAUUGAAGCGCCCACCGCAUCGGGCAAGAGCACCAGACUGGUCAACGACCUUGGACGAAUUGCGGCAAUAUCGGCCAACAAGACGACUCGGGCUCUUUACAGUACCUCGACAGUUUCGAAAAUGGCCCGAAUUCAGCAGUGGCACGCACGGCAGCGCAACGACGCGGACAACGAUCCAAAGAUUGAGAUAGUGGCGGAUCCCACGGAAAUGGUUGGAAAAGUCGUGCCAGACGAGGCGGCAUGUCAGCUUGUCAUCUUCGACUUGGACGAGGACUGGGGCAUGGAGUUCACUGUUGCCAUGCUGAGGUUGGCAUCGGUGCUUCCGACUAAAGGCAUGUUACGGAUUGUGUGGCUGGCAUCUGUAGCUUUCAGCGAUGAGCUCAAACGUGCAAUGCGACUAUUCAACGAAUACAACGGCUCGGCCAUCACCACGCUCCAGCUUGUGUAUGCGACUCGCAAGUUCAGCCUGGAAACAAUCAAAUGGGAAUCGUACGAGGGGGAGGAAUGGACGGACGAGUCGACGAGGCAGCUUACAACGAAGGUGAUUGCAGACCACAUGCUGCAGCUCCGUAGCGCAGCGGACUACCAGAGCGAAGUUGUAUUGUUCGGGUCCGACGAAGGAAACGUCAACGACAUGAAGCGCGCCAUUGAUGCGAGAAUUCAUUCCCACGAUACUGAAAACACAAUCAUCUGGGACGAGCAGUAUCUGCAGUCUGUUCUGCACCGGACAUCACCACCGGGCAGCGUACACAAGGCCCAGGCGGCAUGCGCGUUUGCACACGAUGCAAGGAACGUCACCGUCCAUGCCUUGCUUUCGCCACGGGCGAUCCUGAACCAGAAGCCACGCCGCAGAUUCGAGGAGGAACACCUGGCCUCCUUUCUCUUAGUCGCACUCUCAACGGAAGGAAUGACCUUGCAAAGGGCGCAACGCGCCUUCGCUUCCAAUGGCCGAAUCUGGAACCCGGCAAUCAAGAGACUCCAGAUAUUGGGGUACCUGCACGAGACGGUUGACAGUCCCGUCAAUUACAGAGUAGAUGCCAGCGCCAGCACUGCCACUGUCGGUCUGAUACAUUUGACAGGAUGGCAUCUCUCGGCAGCCCACUUCUUGUCUUCCAUCACCGGACUUGUGCCCGCCAACGCGCGAUUGGUAAUGUGCGAAAUGGCCGCCAUGAAUCAGGCGUUCCACCAAGGCGAUGCUUUGUUUUCUUAUGACUUGGAAAGGCACAAAGAUGAAGUGCUACGCGGCGAGCCCAUCGAGGAAGAAAUGGUUGGGCUACGAGACGAAGUGGAUCACACGUUCCAGACACUCUUUCCGCGGGGGGCCUUUUGGGCUGCGGUCAGCUUGUACCGCGCGGCCAAGACGGCCAUGGAGAAGGAGCCAGCACCUGUCUGGAUGUCCAGAGACAAGAGAAUAAGCAUCUCUGAGCGCGCAGUACAGCUGGUGGCUCUGCGGAGCAACGUGAUGCUCCGUGGGGUGAACGCCCGGCUCGGGUCAUCAAGCGGACUUGCAGAUGAGGAAUUGAGGCCACGUGACAUGUUUUUCAUCGACAGGCAGUUCUUUCGUGCCUGGGUACACCGCUUGGUCCUGGUCAACAACCUGAUCAACGACCUGGGCGAGCUCGACAACGAUCCAGACAUGUGCCUAGCUUGGUCGAGCCACUCCAUGUCUCUGGUCCCAGGGGAGCCUCAAGGAUUGUUCCUCUUCGACGCUACGCGUCAGGCUGAAGGCGGGCUGUUUUGUCUCAUUGGAAAUUGCCUCGUGAGGUCCAAAGGACAGACCAGUCUCUGCAUGCCGAGGGCCUUCAAUCUCCCAACAACCAGACCGUGGCUCGAGCACAUGAAUCUCACAAUCGACACUCUGUCUGUCGGCUAG